AUGCGAAAGAGCCACUCGCUCCCCACCAUCAAGCGACAGCCCCUUUGUCCGCCAGGGCGGCCUGCGGGGCUGUGGCCACAGGAUGUCCUCUUUAGCGAGUACAAAGCACCUUCCCUGAGGUGGGAGAAUCCCAACGAGAAGCUUCUAAGCUUGCAUGCUUACCAGGAGCGAUCAUCCUGGGCCAACGAUGCAUUCGACAUUCACAGGCCCUUGCACCAGCGCCUGGAGCGGCGGAAGCCAGACAAGGUUUGGCGCCUGACUGAUGCUGGGACGAAGUUCUCCUACAACUCGCAGGUGAGUUUGGCUAGAGAUGCCUCGGCGAGUAGCUGGGACAUGUGGCGACCGGCUAAUCACUGUGCGCCGCCCUGGCGCAACAGUGUGUACCCCAGAGCGCUGUACAGCUCAGUGGCUUGCAACUCGAAUUCUUUGGUGCAGUGA